UUCUAUUCAUGCCUAUAUGCUUCGAGACGGUUUUUCAACCUGCAGGAGUACCAAAGCAAAAAACUAAUGCAUAAAAGCGGUAUUAAUAUCCAGAAAUUUGUUGUUGCGGAUAGUUCCGAUAGUGCAGAGAAACUUCUCAGAAACUUCAAAGCGCAAGAAUAUGUAGUAAAAGCUCAAAUUCUUUCUGGUGGCAGAGGGAAUGGUUUCUUUACGAAUGGGUUCCGUGGUGGAAUACACAUUACCAAAAACGCACAAGAGAUUCCUUCCCUAGUAUCAAAAAUGAUAGGAUUUAAUUUGAUAACGCAACAAACGCCAGAACAAGGUGUUACUGUCAACAAAGUAAUGAUAGCCGAAGCCCUUGACAUUGCUCGCGAAACAUAUCUUGCCAUCCUUUUCGAUCGUAGAAGCAGUUGCCCUAUGAUUAUUGCUUCUCCUAGAGGUGGUGUAGAUAUUGAAGAAAUAGCUAGAACAAGUCCUGGGGAUAUUCAUCGGGAGAUUAUUGAUCUUGACGACGGAGGCCUAUUUCUUUUAGGUGCUCAGGCAUCAUUCCUUGCUACAAAACUUGGCUUCACUUCCUCUUCUCACACUUUUGCAGCAGAACAAAUUAAGCGUCUCUACAAAAUCUUUAUUCAAUUAGAUUGCAUUCAGGCGAGUUGA